AUGAUUAAAAAACAAGUUAGUAAAUUAUAUGUUGAGCAAUUGGAAGAAUUGUGGGAGAUGGUUGUAGCAGAGAAUAUCGGAAUGUUGGAACCUGGAGUUGAUGGUGUUGUCGAUGAAAACACUCUGAAUGAUAUAAAAGCAUUUAAAGAAGCGAUGUUUAGUGGAAUGGUUGGAAAGCUGGAGGUGAUAGCACCGGUACCUCCACCUCUUGAGAUGCCUACAGCCGCUUCUAUUACACCGAUGGCACCGGUGAUACCACCGAGUACCGCCUCGAAAGUUCAUCUCUCAGUGAUAAAGUCAUUCGAGCAGGAGCACGUCGAUCAAUCGCUACUGAACCGUCUGGAGCAACUGAAAGUCGAGCUGACACAGUCGAUCAAGAGUGUCGAGCAGCUGCGUCGCGAUGUUCCAUCGAUUGUCAGCACAGAGGUAACACAGAACCUCAAGAAAUCAGUUCCCGCCAUCAUACCGGUGGUGCAACCACUCGCACCGGUACUCCUGCAAUUCACUCCAGAGAUGACAGCGGAUCAAUCGCGAGCAAUGCUCGAACAGAUUGGCUACGAUGUGGAGACUAUCAAGUCGGAGAGUAACGAGCUACUUUCAAUGUUGGUCAACGAAGUUACACACUCCAAAGAGGUUAUAGAGGCAGUUUCACAUAUUAUAUCAACAUCAGAACCUGACUAUUAA